CACCCCCUCUCUCUCGCUCUCCCCCUCUCCCUUCCUUCCACUAGACAAGUAUCACUGCAGCGAGGCAGGCAACUGCUUUCCGCAGGGCGACUGAGAACUCCGCUUCUUACGGCUUGGAAUUGACAGAAUUCGGAUCUCUUAAUGAGACACGUCGUAUAUUCCUGUUUUUGGACACCGUCGGUGGAAUCAGUUAUAACGGAAGAUUUAACCCCGUGAGAUCAGUUCUGGAAUAUACAUACCUAUUUUGUUGCAUCGAGAGCUUUUAUCUUUUCUUUAUUCGGCAGUGCCCGCGGCCGGUUUUGUAUCUUUCUCUAGCUCCUGAUUUAUCAAUUUUAAACCAAUUGGACGCAAUUUGAUACUAUUUUGAUUAUUACUAGCAGCAAGUGGGUUUGGUAUCAUGUUUCUUGGGUAGGGCCCGGAUGUACCGAGGAUGCACUGGUUCGUUUUCUUAGGUGGUUCCAGCGAAUGUCUAUUUCUGUUUUUUAACUCCAUAAUGGGGAUCAGGUAAUAUUCACUAAAACACAAAGAGGGAAUAUCUCAAGAUUUCCGUUGUUCAUUUUUAUUUUAUUUUUUUUUAUUUGAUUUCUUUUUCCUCCUUUGGUUAUUCUCAUCCUACCCCUCCUCCUUUUGCAACCUUUUCUCCAUUCACCUACGGAUAGAGCUGGACCACAUUUAUGGUAAAUGAAAGCAAAAACAUGUACAUACCGGAGGAAAACCUUGAAAACCAUCAAGGCUCCAACUACUCGAGCCCGUCCCUGCCUGCCGCGCCCGGGCUGAACGACCACGAGCAUGCGGUGGUGGGGCUGGCCCCGGAGCACAUCCCCACGCCGGGUGCGGCCCUCACCUGGCAGGCGGCCAUCGACGCCGCGCGGCAGGCCAAGCUGAUGGGCAACGCCAGCGCGCCCAUCUCCACGGCCAGCUCCACACAGCGCAAGCGGCAGCACUACGGCAAGCCCAAAAAGCAAGCCAGCACCGCGGCGACCCGCCCACCCCGCGCCCUCCUCUGCCUCACGUUGAAGAACCCCAUCCGCAGGGCCUGCAUCAGCAUCGUGGAGUGGAAACCCUUUGAAAUAAUCAUUUUGAUGACUAUUUUUGCAAACUGCGUGGCCUUAGCUGUCUACAUCCCAUUCCCUGAGGACGACUCCAACGCCACCAACUCCAAUCUGGAACGGGUGGAGUACCUGUUCCUCAUCAUUUUCACAGUGGAAGCGUUUCUGAAGGUAAUAGCCUACGGACUGCUCUUCCACCCCAACGCAUACCUGCGCAAUGGAUGGAACUUGCUGGAUUUCAUUAUAGUGGUAGUAGGGCUUUUUAGUGCUAUUUUAGAACAAGCCACCAAAGGGGACGGGGCCACGCCUAUCGGCGGAAAGGCGGCGGGCUUCGAUGUGAAGGCGCUGCGGGCUUUCAGGGUGCUGCGGCCGCUCAGGCUGGUGUCCGGAGUGCCCAGCCUGCAGGUGGUGUUGAACUCCAUCAUUAAAGCCAUGGUCCCAUUGCUGCACAUCGCCCUCCUCGUCCUCUUCGUCAUCAUCAUCUACGCCAUCAUCGGCCUGGAGCUCUUCAUGGGCAAGAUGCACCGCACCUGCUUCUUCCACCAGGACGGGCACCUAGGUCGCAUCGCUGAGGAGAAGCCCGCCCCCUGCGCCCCUCCCCACGCCCACGGAAGGCACUGCUUGCCGCAGAACAUCACCAAGUGCGAGAUGGGAUGGGAGGGGCCCAACGACGGCAUCACCAACUUCGACAACUUUGCCUUCGCCAUGCUCACGGUCUUUCAGUGCAUCACCAUGGAGGGCUGGACUGACGUACUGUACUGGAUGCAGGACGCUAUGGGAUAUGAGCUUCCCUGGGUCUAUUUUGUCAGUCUGGUCAUCUUUGGAUCCUUUUUCGUACUAAAUCUGGUUCUGGGGGUGUUGAGCGGAGAGUUUUCGAAGGAGCGAGAGAAGGCCAAGGCGCGGGGGGACUUCCAAAAGCUGAGGGAGAAGCAGCAGCUGGAGGAGGACCUGAAGGGCUACCUGGACUGGAUCACCCAAGCGGAGGACAUCGACCCGGAGAACGAGGAGGAGGGACUGGACGAAGAGAAGCCCAGAAACCUGAGCAUGCCUGCCAGCGAGAACGAGUCGGUCAACACGGACAACGCACCCGCCGGAGACAUGGAGGGAGAAACCUGCUGUACCAGGCUGGCAAAUAGGAUCUCCAAAUCCAAGUUCAGCCGGUACUCGCGGCGGUGGAACCGCCUCUGCAGGCGAAAGUGUCGGGCGGCGGUGAAGUCCAACGUGUUCUACUGGCUGGUGAUCUUCCUGGUCUUCCUCAACACGCUGACCAUCGCCUCUGAGCACCACCGUCAGCCGGAGUGGCUCACCGAGGUGCAAGACAUCGCCAACAAGGUGCUGCUGGCCCUGUUCACGGGGGAGAUGCUGCUGAAGAUGUACAGCCUGGGCCUGCAGGCCUACUUCGUCUCGCUCUUCAACCGCUUCGACAGCUUCGUGGUGUGCGGCGGCAUCCUGGAGACCAUCCUGGUGGAGACCAAGAUCAUGUCCCCGCUGGGCAUCUCCGUGCUACGCUGCGUGCGUCUGCUGCGCAUCUUCAAGAUCACCAGGUACUGGAACUCUCUGAGCAACCUGGUGGCCUCGCUGCUCAACUCGGUGCGCUCCAUCGCCUCCCUGCUGCUGCUGCUCUUCCUCUUCAUCAUCAUCUUCUCCCUGCUGGGCAUGCAGCUCUUCGGCGGGAAGUUCAACUUCGACGAGACGCGCCGCAGCACCUUCGACAACUUCCCCCAGUCGCUGCUCACCGUCUUUCAGAUCCUGACAGGUGAGGACUGGAACUCAGUGAUGUAUGACGGGAUCAUGGCCUACGGGGGACCCUCCUUUCCAGGGAUGCUGGUGUGCAUCUACUUCAUCAUCCUCUUCAUCUGUGGAAACUACAUCCUCCUGAAUGUCUUCUUGGCCAUCGCUGUGGACAAUCUUGCCGAUGCUGAGAGUCUGACGUCAGCCCAGAAGGAGGAGGAAGAGGAGAAAGAGAGGAGGAAGCUUGCCAGAACCGCCAGCCCUGAGAAGCGCCCAGACAAUGAGAAACCACCGAUAGAGGAGGAGAAGAAGGAGGAGAAGAUUGAGCUGAAAUCCAUUACGUCUGACGGGGAGACUCCCACGGCCACCAAAAUCAAUAUCGACGAGUACCAGGGAGAUGAAAAUGAAGAGAAAAACCCGUACCCUGCUAAUGACUUCCCAGGGGAGGAAGAGGACGAGGAGCCGGAGAUGCCCGUGGGGCCCCGCCCCCGGCCGCUGUCAGACAUACAGCUGAAGGAGAAGGCUGUUCCCAUGCCCGAGGCCCGCGCGUUCUUCAUAUUCAGCCACACUAACAAGUUCAGGGUACUGUGUCACAAGAUUGUGAACCACAACAUCUUCACCAACCUCAUCCUCUUCUUCAUCCUCCUGAGUAGUGUCUCUCUGGCGGCCGAGGACCCCGUGAAGAACGACUCCUUCAGGAACCAGAUACUAGGCUAUGCAGAUUACGUCUUCACAGGACUGUUCACGAUCGAGAUCAUCUUAAAGAUGACAGCGUAUGGAGCCUUCCUUCACAAGGGCUCCUUCUGUCGCAAUUACUUCAACAUCCUGGACCUGGUGGUGGUCAGCGUGUCUCUAAUCUCCUCUGGGAUCCAGUCAAGUGCCAUUAAUGUUGUGAAGAUCCUCAGGGUGCUGCGAGUGCUGAGGCCUUUGAGGGCCAUCAACAGAGCCAAGGGCCUGAAACACGUGGUCCAGUGUGUCUUUGUGGCGAUUCGAACCAUCGGCAACAUUGUGAUCGUCACCACCCUCCUGCAGUUCAUGUUCGCCUGCAUCGGAGUGCAGCUCUUCAAGGGGAAAUUCUACAGCUGCACAGACGGCUCCAAACAGACUGCAGAAGAAUGCCGGGGUUCCUACAUCCUGUACAAGGACGGUGAUGUGGCGAAGCCAGAAAAGGCCAAGCGCGUUUGGGAAAACAGCGACUUCAACUUCGAUGAUGUGCUGCAAGGCAUGAUGGCCCUCUUCGCAGUCUCCACCUUCGAGGGGUGGCCAGCGCUCCUGUACCGGGCCAUAGACUCUCACACGGAGGACAUCGGACCCAUCUACAACUACCGCGUGGUGAUCUCCAUCUUCUUCAUCAUCUACAUCAUCAUCAUCGCUUUCUUCAUGAUGAACAUCUUCGUCGGUUUCGUCAUCGUCACAUUCCAGGAGCAGGGAGAGCAGGAGUACAAGAACUGCGAGCUGGACAAGAACCAGCGCCAGUGUGUGGAGUACGCCCUAAAAGCUCGCCCCCUGAGAAGGUACAUCCCCAAAAACCCGUACCAGUACAAGGUGUGGUAUGUGGUGAACUCCACCUACUUCGAGUACCUGAUGUUCACCCUCAUUCUGCUCAACACCAUCUGCCUGGCCAUGCAGCACCACGGCCAGUCACCAUCCUUCAACAAGGCCAUGAACGUGCUGAACAUGCUCUUCACUGGCCUCUUCACCGUGGAGAUGAUCCUCAAACUCAUCGCCUUCAAGCCGCGGGGGUACUUUAGUGAUCCUUGGAAUGUAUUUGACUUCCUCAUCGUUAUUGGCAGCAUAAUAGACGUCAUUCUCAGUGAGAUAAAUCAUUAUUUUGUUGAUGCAUGGAACACAUUUGACGCCUUAAUAGUUGUGGGUAGCAUUGUUGAUAUAGCGAUCACUGAGGUUAACCCAGCUGACUCCACCUCGUCUUCCCAGUCCUCCAUGGUAAGACCAAUGGGACUGCAGAGCAGUGAAGACAAUGCCAGGAUCUCCAUCACCUUCUUCCGGCUCUUCCGAGUGAUGAGGCUGGUGAAGCUGCUGUCCCGGGGCGAGGGCAUCCGCACCCUGCUCUGGACCUUCAUCAAGUCCUUUCAGGCCCUGCCCUACGUCGCCCUUCUCAUUGUGAUGCUGUUCUUUAUCUACGCUGUUAUUGGAAUGCAGAUGUUUGGUAAGAUUGCUCUGAGAGACAACAGUGAGAUCAAUCGGAACAACAACUUCCAGACCUUUCCUCAGGCCGUGCUCCUGCUUUUCAGGUGCGCGACAGGGGAGGCGUGGCAGGAGAUCAUGCUGGCUUGUGCUCCCAUGAGGCCGUGCGAGAAGGGCUCAGAGGUGGGCCCGGCCAGCGAGGAGUGUGGCAGCCAUUUUGCCAUCAUCUACUUUGUCAGCUUCUACAUGCUCUGUGCCUUCCUGAUCAUCAACCUGUUUGUCGCUGUCAUCAUGGACAACUUUGACUACCUGACGCGAGACUGGUCCAUUCUCGGGCCUCACCACCUGGACGAGUUCAAAAGAAUCUGGGCCGAGUACGACCCAGAGGCCAAAGGGAGAAUAAAGCAUCUGGACGUGGUGACCCUUCUGCGUCGAAUACAGCCGCCCUUGGGCUUCGGGAAGCUGUGUCCCCAUCGCGUGGCCUGUAAGCGGCUGGUGUCCAUGAACAUGCCUCUGAACAGCGACGGCACCGUCAUGUUUAAUGCCACCCUGUUCGCCCUGGUCCGCACCGCACUGCGCAUCAAGACCGAGGGUAACUUGGAGCAGGCCAAUGAGGAGCUAAGAGCAAUCGUGAAGAAGAUCUGGAAGAGAACCAGCAUGAAGCUGCUGGAUCAGGUUGUUCCACCUGCAGGAGACGACGAGGUGACGGUGGGGAAGUUUUACGCCACCUUCUUGAUCCAGGAAUAUUUCAGGAAGUUCAAGAAGCGCAAGGAGCAGGGGCUGGUGGCUAAGGUCCCUCCAAAGACGGCUCUCUCCCUGCAGGCUGGACUGCGGACGCUGCACGACAUCGGUCCGGAGAUUCGCAGGGCUAUCUCAGGUGAUCUGACAGUGGAGGAGGAGCUGGAGAAGGCCAUGAAGGAGACGGUUUCGGCUGCGUCUGAGGAUGAUAUCUUCAGGCGGGCGGGCGGCCUCUUCGGAAACCACGUCAACUACUACCACCAGAGCGACGGGCGCAGCUCCUUCCCACAAUCCUUCACCACGCAGCGCCCGCUGCACAUCAGUGCCACGGGGAGUCCGGGAGACGACGUGUCCCCCUCCCACGAGAAACUGGUGGACUCCACCUUCACCCCCAGCAGCUACUCCUCCUCCGGCUCCAACGCCAACAUCAACAACGCCAACAACACGGCCAUCGGCCGCUUCCCCGCCCCCUCCAUCAGCACCGUGGACGGCCACGGGGGGGCGCCGCUCACCCCUGUCCUGCUGCCCCGUGCCGCCUGGCACUUCCCCACCAAGAGGACGCGUUACUAUGAGACCCUGCUGCGCUCCGACUCGAGCGACAGCCGCCUGCCAAUCAUCCGCAGAGAGGAGGCGUCGACGGACGAGACGUACGACGAGACCUUUGCGGACGAGCAGGAUUACCGCGGCGACCGGCUCUCCUCCGAAAUGCUGGUGUAUCAGGAUGAAGAGAGCAAACAGCUGGCCCCCAUGGAGGAGGGAGAGGACAGCGAGGACAGGAGGCCCUGGCAGUCCCCGAAAAGAGCGUUCCUGUGUCCCACAGCGCUGGGCCGAAGGUCUUCCUUUCACCUGGAGUGUCUGAAGAGGCAGACGAGAUCGGACGUCUCCCAGAAAACUGCACUACCCCUCCACCUGGUGCACCAGCAGGCUCUGGCGGUGGCAGGCCUCAGCCCCCUGCUGCGGAGGAGUCACUCCCCCACGCUCUUCUCCAGACUGUGCUCCACGCCCCCGGCCAGCCCGUGCGCGCGAGGGGGCCGGCCGUACCAGCGGGUGCCGACGCUGUGCCUGGAGGGCCCGCCGGGCUCCUACGAGAAGCUCAACAGCAGCCUGCCCUCGGUGAACUGCGGCCCCUGGUACAGCGACAGUAACGGGAACAGCACGGGGCCCAGCACGCGGCCCCCCAGGCCUGUCUCUCUCACCGUACCCCCCGUCAUGGGCAGGGAAUCCACCAUGCUCUCCCACGGCAGCGCUGGCAGCCUGGUGGAGGCGGUGCUGAUAUCGGAAGGCCUCGGGCGGUACGCCCAGGACCCGUCCUUCAUCGAGGUGACGAAGCACGAGCUGGCGGACGCCUGCGACAUGACCAUGGAGGAGAUGGAGAACGCGGCGGACAACAUCCUGAACGGGAACAGCCAGCCGAGCCCCAACGGCAAUCUCCGGCCCUACGUGCACUGCAGGGACCUCAGCACGCAGGAGCCCAGCCACAGCGAGGCCGCCAGGGGGGCCACGGGGGGCCCCAGGGAGGAGCUACUGCCCAGCGCCCCCCUCGGCCUGGAGGAGGAAGGGGAGGAGGACAGGGCCACCAUGGCGGGCCACCGGGACUGUGGGUUAUUAGAAGACGAUGACAUGGACUGUGUCACCAGUUUGUAGGAACAGCAGCACAGAGGUCUCUCUUCCUCUCUCUCCCUCUCUCUUUCUCUCUCUCUGUCUCUCUCUGUCUUUCUGCCAGACGUGACCAGAUGUUGG